AACAUCUUAUCAUUCAUAAGCAGCACCGCCGACACGACUUGGGACUAUUCCUUCAGCUCUGGGUGUAACGCAGCGGAUGGAAACAAAGACACAAGUGACCGCAGGCUGACCAGUGAUGUCAGGCAGGUAAAAACUGCGUGAUUGAAGCCGCUGAAAUGAGCGAUAGAGCCGAAAUGAAAGGGCCCGCAACCCGCCGGAGGAGGACGACCAUCUCCGGUGCUGCUGGUGCUGCGACGCCGCCAACGGCCAAACAAGCCAACGGGAGCAAGUGGCACGAUGCCGGGCAGAAACCCCCACAGUGUCCCGCUAAAGCCAAAACAGGCGAGGUGUCCAGGUAUGCGAGUAACAACGGGAAGGUGGACAGAGAGGCGGACAGACACAUGACACACAGUCCGAGGAGACAGAAGACUAUGGUGGAAGAAAUUAACGAGAGACUCAGUUGCCACGUCCUCCAGGAGUCUCUCUUGAGUUCGGCCAGUGGCUACAGCAACUACAGAGGAAUCCUUAACUGGUGUGUUGUCAUGCUGGUGCUUAGUAACGCACGCCUCUUCUUGGAGAACAUCAUAAAAUAUGGCAUCUUGGUGGACCCAAUCCAAGUAGUGUCUCUCUUCUUGAAGGACCCCUAUAGCUGGCCAGCACCUUGCCUCGUCAUCGUGUCGAAUGUGUUCAUCUUAGCAGCCUUGUACACAGAGAGGCGCCUGGUUGUGGGUACCAUUUCCGAAUCGACAGGACUUCUUCUUCACUUUUUUAACCUGUCAUCAUUGAUGAUCUUCCCCACAGUCACUGUGCUCACUGUGGACUCCAUGACCCCAGUGGGUGCUUUGCUCUCCCUAACAAUCGACACAGUGCUGCUUCUCAAGCUGUACUCCUACCAAGACACCAACAGGUGGUGUCGAGAAAUCAGGCAAGCGAAAGCCAAGAGACUAACGCGAUCAUACUCAUGUCCGUCCGUGGCGCAGUCCAAUGGAUCAGCAGUUCAUAGUCAUGUCUCCUACCCAGGCAACCUCACCCACAGAGACAUGUACUACUUUGUCUUUGCCCCAACGCUUUGCUACCAGCUCAACUUCCCACGGUCAUCUCGAAUACGCAAAAGGUUCCUGAUGAGGAGACUUUUUGAAAUGCUUUUCUUCACGCAGCUGUUGGUGGGAUUGAUACAGCAGUGGAUGGUUCCCACUAUACAGAACUCAAUGAAACCUUUCCAGGAAAUGGACUUUUCUAGGAUGAUGGAGCGCCUCCUAAAGUUAGCUGUCCCUAACCAUCUGAUAUGGUUAAUAUUCUUCUAUUGGUUUUUCCACUCUUCUUUGAACUUUGUGGCAGAGCUGAUGCAGUUUGGAGACAGAGAGUUUUACAAAGACUGGUGGAACUCCGAGACUGUCACAUAUUUCUGGUCCAACUGGAACAUCCCAGUUCACAAGUGGUGUCUGAGACACUUCUAUAAGCCCAUGUUGAGGAGGGGGGUCAAUAAGUUUCUGGCUCAAACCGCCGUCUUCCUGGUGUCUGCCUUCUUCCACGAGCUCCUGGUGAGUGUUCCGCUGAAAAUGUUCCGACUGUGGGCCUUUAUGGGAAUGAUGGCUCAGGUGCCUCUGGCGUGGUUUGUGGGUCGAUAUUUGAAUGGAAACUACGGCAACGCUGCUGUGUGGAUGUCACUCAUCAUCGGCCAGCCUGUCGCCGUGUUGAUGUACGUCCAUGACUACUAUGUUAUUCAUUAUGGGAGCACUGCGCAUGUUCCCACAGCACACACAUAAACAUGUCUGAGUCAUGUUAGUAACACACACACACACACACACACACAUAUAUAUACACCAGCCUGGACAACUCAAUGACUGAAUGCGGAGUAAGUUAAGGUAACUUUAAUAGGAAACUCUGCUAAUAUGGACCUGUCUGUGAAGAGCAGCAACUGCAGGAAAAAUGUUUUUGACUUGUUGAUUUUUGCACUACAGAGAAAUGAACCAUGGUUUAUCAGGAUAUGAUUCCAACAACAUGAGAAGUACUUGCUUUAAAGAGGUAAUCCACCUUAUGUCAUCAGCCAGACCUUGAGAUCUCGAGUGAAACAGCACUUGGAUCUCUGGUAUUGAACUUGAUCCUUCACUGUCAGACUAAAAACAAGUAAAUGUGUGGUGCUGAGGUUUCCUGAAGUGUCUAAUAUUAGUGGUUGAUGAAUCAUGAGCUCAAAGAUUAGGUGCAGUUUCUUAAAACUUUAAAAGCACUUCAAAAAUGGAAACUGCUUCUUACCAAACACUCCUCAAGUUCCGGAAAAUGCACCUUGUGUGCAAGAAAUGUGAACCACUGCCGAGCGAGCGCAAGCCAAAGGAGGAUCCUGCCUCCACAGAGCUGAUGUGAAAAUGUUUCUUUUUUUUAUGUGGUCGAGAAGUCACUUUUUCCCAAAGGCAAUAGAGAAAUGAUGAAGCUGGAUAAACAGGCUUAAAAAUUGCCAUUUAGGAUGUCUCCAGGUUUGAAAAUUGACCACAGUGAGGUCUUUUUAAACAUACAUUCUGUCCUGUAUCCCUGUCUUUCUGAUGCAGUGCAGUUGUUCAGUAUUACAGAAGUUUAUAAUAAAAGAUGGUUAAAUGCGGUAGAGGCUAAAAAGUGAAGGAGAAAGUGUAGACGGACGUUUAUGUGACCUUAAUUUGUACAGUCGUGGAACUCCAGGCAGCCUCUCCUCUUCUGUCAACUCCAAACAUCAAUGCAAGCUCUUGUUAAUGCAACACUACAUGCUACUGGUGUGAUUUGUCUUGACUUUAGUGUCUUCUUUGUGUUGCAUUUGCAUCGGAUUAUUUUAUACUUUAAUUUUAUGUGUCCGUCUGCAGUUAUGUUGUGCCAAAUUACACUUUAUGUUGUAUUUUAUUUUCAAUGAAUGAUUUAAUGCAGUAGUUGAUUUACUGAUUUGAACCAAUGAAUGUUAUUUGCACUUUAAAGCGAUGCAUGCCAUUGACUAAAGCAAUAGAUUUCUACGAAUGUAUACUUUAAGUUAUAUCCAUCGUGCGAGGAAAAUAUGUUUUGUUCAAAUGAGUUGUAUUUUUUGUAAUUUGCAUGUUGACAUUUUGUUGUCAUGUAAAGUUGGCUCAAUUUUUAUUUUUGUUCAAAGUAAAACAGCAGCAGCAGAGGUAAUACUAAGAGUUUCAAACAGCCCUUUACUGCCAGAGGUUUUUUUUAGUAUUGAAAUUCUAAAGAGUCCAUUUCUUGGUUGAAACUGUCUUAAAAGCUGCCAGUAUGGAUGUUGCCAUAUAUUAGUUAAAUUUUAUGUUCUUUUACAUUAUUUUUUGUUUUAUUUGUUUUAAUUUUCUUUCCAAAUACACAGUAACAGCUGACUGACCAUGGUAAAUUGGGAGUCUUUUCACUAUAAGAUUUAUUCUUUCAGGGAGAACACUGUUCUUAAAUUAUAACACCAGUUACCAAAGAGACUGUGUGUUAGCAUUUCUUAUUAAAAUUAACAAGUGCCUGCUGUAAAAAAAUAUGCUUCACUUCAAAAUAUAAAGAACUAUAAAUACCCAAAGUUUCAUUUAAAAAGAAAAGACAGGCCGAAUACUUACAAUGGACAUGAAUUUCCUAAUCUUGUAUCAUCUGUAGCCAAUUGAUUCAGAAUGCUUUAAUAUUCAUGGUGUUUAGAAAUGUUUGGGAAUUGAAGUCUUAUUGCCCGUAAUUUAAAUUCUUGUCUAAAUGCAACCUGACCCUUUAAGAGUAUAAUACCUUUUUGUUAAAAGUUCAUUUUUAAAGCAGUGAUUUCUAAGUUUUUGUAAAAAAAAAUGUUAUGUUAGAGGAGAGCCUUAUUGAAGAGUCGUGCAUUAACUUUAUCAUGUUAUUGUUUUUUCAGUGCACACAUGUCACCUUUAAUUUCUGUCAGUCUGACACUGCGACCGUUAAAAAUCUGUGUGAAUUUUGUGAACUGUGCAAUGGUGAGCUCAUGACAUUCGUCCAACCUUUUAAUGUUUUAAAUAGAGUGAACAUCUGAGGAUUAUAUCUAAGGCAGCACAUGUAGCAAUGACGUCUUGAGAACUAUAUUAACUACGGUGUCUCAGUGCAGAGAGCUGCUGUCUGGGCAGCAGAGUUUUGGUGCAUUCUCCUCUUAGUUGUGGGAAAAACUAAAACACUAAACAGUAAAAUUACCUAAGUCAGUUGAUGUAAGAAUAUAAUGGCAACAUAAACAGAAAUCAAAUUAUUAAAACUUUAGUCGUUUACUUUUAAUUCUGCCUUGCUUUAUUUUGUUUUUUCUGAGUUUCCUCUGAGUGUAACAUGGAAAGCAUCAUCCCCACAGCUUUAAAUGGGACUCUCAAAAACUCUUCAGUGAAUAUGUUGCAUCUCCCACUUUGUUUUAAUUCACCUUGCACUUCCUGUUUCCACAUUAAUGCACUGUGUCUGCUCUUGAAAUAGGAGUUGAAAAUGCUGAAGGUGCUGCUUUGUGUUGAACUGUAUCUAAGUAUUUUUUUUUCUUUUGGGGUUGUUCACUGCAAUAUGUAGUAAAAAUGAAUGUAUUACUGAUUUGUUCAUACUGUACACAGAAAUCCAAAGUGAAACAAAAAUUAUAUGUUUUGGGAAUGCAAAUCAUUUUCAUAGCUGUCCACUUGAAAUUAUUUGUGUCAUUUGAUAAAGAUUAUUUAUAUAUGA